AUGUUUUUAGAAGACUGUGAUCUAAAAUGGCAAGGAAGUUGGUAUCUAAGCGAAAGGAGCACACCAGUUGUUAUUAAUGCCACAUGGGUGGAUUCAUUGGGACGUUGUGUUGCAAUGUCUCAACACGAUCAUCAUUAUCUGUUUCAUCUGAACAGUGCUAUUGGUUCAUGUUAUCGCUGCGUAGCUUUUUUCCCGGUUCAUAAAAACGUUCUUCAGUUUAAGAAAAGAAAUUUUAUUGUAGCUGGUUGUAUGCGUUCGAUAAUAAAUGACAAGAAUAUCGCUGCAGCAUGCAGACGUUCAUUUCGUGGUGAUGCUCCUAUGACAACGCUUUUUCGAGUGAAUGCCAGCUCUGAACGCUGCCCAUUCGAAGCUCCAUUAAAUUUCACUUAUCUGGUCACGGAUGGCCCGUGUACAUCGCGCACAUCUACAGUCACAGUGUGUGCGAAUCCACACCGCUAUCGAUUCCAGUAUCAGGCAUGUCCAGAAAUAGCACAUACGGAAACGCAUGCCGAACACAUUGAAUGUAUUGCUAAGUGGAACUCGUUUGGCAUUGAAUAUUUCUCAGCUAAAAUAACUAACGGUAUCACUCCGAAUCCGUCAUCAAGAUUUCGCUGCAUUAUUCACGAACGAGCUAGUUCAGGUGGUCGGAUGGGCAUCUCGGCUGAUGCUAGUUGCAAUGAACUGACAGACAUCUCUUUUGCGAAUACAAUACUUAAAUAUAAGCAGGAUGAAUGGAUCGAACAAUGGCAUCGGCAGAAUAAAAGUGUUUCUAUUUGCAUUGACGAGGAAAAUCUCGGAAUUGCACAUAAGUUCAUUGUUCAUGCUGUUAAUGGAUGCACAUCUGGAUAUCAGUGCGUCAAGGUUGAGAAAUGUCCCGUGAAAGGUCGACAUAGCCGAUCGGAUUGUCCAAUGUCGUCUGUACGUAUCGGGUGCCCACACGAGCACAGCAUUCAGCUUCGACCUUAUUGUAACUCGAAUCGCACUCGUCAGUUGAUUAUUGAAUUUGGAUGA